AUGAAGUUCCUCACUGUCGCUGCUGCCAUCUUUGCCAGCACCUCGCUUGCUGUGCCCACCAACAACCACAACGGUGGCGGUGCUUGCGUCCCUCGCCCGAACCCUGGCAACAGCAAUACCAGCUCUGCCCCCGGCGGUAACCCGACUGGCGGUCACACCAGCUCUGGUCCCGGAACCAAGCCCACCGGCAGCCACACCAGCUCCGGUCCCGCAACCAAGCCCACCGACGGCAAUACCAGUUCUGGUCCCGGGACCAAGCCCACUGACGGCAAUACCAGCUCCGGUAUUGACUGCGAGGUUCCUCGUCACGCCCCCACCUCCGGCGACGACUUUAAGGGAAUUUGUGCUGCCGUCGGCAAACAGCCCCUGUGCUGUGUUAUUCCCGUUGCUGGUCAGGAUCUUCUCUGUCAGGAUAUUACAGGCGGCAAUUCUCCUAGUGGUCAGCCUACCUCUGUGCCCGGUGGUCAGUCUACCUCCGUUCCUGGUGGCAAUCCCACCUCUAUUCCUGGUGGUCAGCCUACCUCUGUUCCUGGUGGUCAGCCUACCUCUGUUCCUGGUGGUCACCCUACCUCAGCUCCCACUGGCCACCCUACUUCUGUCCCCGGUGGUCAGCCUACCUCUGUUCCUGGUGGCAAUCCCACCUCUGUCCCCGGUCACCAUAACCCUUCUCCCGUUGGCAACGAUCCCUCGUGCUGCCCCUCCGGCCUCUAUAGCAACCCUCAGUGUUGCGCCGCUAAUGUUCUGGGUCUUGCGGAUCUUGAUUGCUCUACCCCUAGCCAGACCUUUACCACUGGUGAUGAGUUCAGGAACAUCUGUGCUACGAUCGGCCGGCAGCCCAUGUGCUGUGUUCUUCCCGUUGCGGGCCAGGCCGUUCUCUGCGAGAAGCCUGUGGGCGUUUAA